UCUUUCUUUCCCUUUCCACUUUUUCGCUUACACUUUCCCCAACUCAUCAUCACUCUAAAAUAUCUCCCACCACAUACCACUUAACCCGACCCGACCCGACCGGAAAACCCGACCCGAUCCAUCCCAAUGUCAGGAGCUACCACCGCUUCCUCCGGAGACCACAACAACCUCCGUCUCCCAACUCCGACGCUUGACGCCGAAUCGCAAACUCUGCUGCAAUCGAUUUCUGCUGAAGGGGGUUACGCUUAUGCUCGCAUGGCGGUGUUAGCGGUGGCCGGUGACCAAAGCGCGGCGGAGGCGGCGCGUGAUAUGGCUUGGGAGCAACUUCACUCUGGUCCGUGGCACUCGGUUCUCCCCGUUUGGCGCGACGCUUACUCAAUGGCUUGUCUCCACGUAGCUAAAAUCCAUUUCGCCGCCGGCGAGUUUGGUGAGGCGCUUGGUGCGCUUGAUAUGGGUCUUAUCAUGGGAGGUAUGCUUCUCCGCAAGGAUCUUCAUGAUUCUGUUUUGUUGGUCUCCUCUGAAGCUCGUAAGAUGACGAAGAGUCUUGAAGAAGCUUCUGGAGAUUUCAAAGGUGAGAGAUUGGUCCCGGAAGUUCCCGUCGACGUCAAUGAGGUCCUUAAGAUUCUACCUUGCAGGUCUUUAACUUGUAAAAGAGUAGAGAAGAGGUCUGGUUUAUCUUUGGAGGGGUUUCUGCGUGAUUAUUAUCUGCCAGGUACACCAGUUGUUAUAACCAAUUCUAUGGCUCAUUGGCCAGCCAGGACCAAGUGGAAUCACUUGGACUACCUCAAUGCUGUUGCUGGUAACCGCACCGUUCCCGUGGAGGUGGGGAAAAACUAUUUGUGUUCUGAUUGGAAGCAAGAGCUUGUGACAUUUUCUAAGUUCCUUGAACGGAUGCGGACCAAUAAAUCGUCUCCAAUGGAGCCUACUUAUCUUGCCCAGCAUCCUUUGUUUGAUCAGAUAAAUGAACUGAGAGAUGAUAUAUGUAUUCCUGAUUACUGUUUUGUCGGUGGUGGGGAACUCCAAUCACUUAAUGCAUGGUUUGGCCCGGCUGGGACAGUUACUCCGUUACACCAUGAUCCACAUCAUAAUAUACUUGCUCAGGUAACUACGGUGAAAGAUCUUUUCCUUACGUGAGCUGAGCAUGGCUCUUGUCUGUGCUCGCUGUCUUUAAUGCUAUCCAAUAUAUAUAUAUGUAUGUUCUGUAAGUGUUUAACAACCUUUUUCUUCUUUGAUGUUCUUGCAUAAUAAAGCCUGAUCUUCUCGCUGGAUUGAAGUUUGAUGACUCUUUGACUAACCAAAGAAAUCGUUUGGCCUGCAAUUCAUAUGUUUCUAGUUUACGGAAACUUCUUUACUUAGAUGCUUUCUCCUUCUACUGAAGUUUUGAUAUCAUCUGUUCUUCAGGUUGUUGGCAAGAAGUAUAUAAGGCUUUACCCAUCCUUCCUGCAAGACGAACUUUACCCUUACUCUGAGACAAUGCUCUGCAACUCUAGUCAGGUUGAUCUAGACAAUAUCGACGAAACCGAGUUCCCAAAGGCCAUGGAGUUGGAGUUUAUGGAUUGUAUUCUAGAAGAAGGUGAAAUGUUGUACAUCCCUCCCAAAUGGUGGCACUAUGUCAGGUCCUUAACAAUGAGUCUCUCGGUUAGCUUCUGGUGGAGCAAUGAAGCAGAAUCUUCUAGCUCGUAGCGAAUGGAUUUAUUUUUAAUCUCUGUUUCAGGUUCUAAGUUCACGUUGUGUCUUUAUGUAAGAAGAAACUAUGUAGAGAAGAAAACAACUGCUCCGAGCAUGAAGAUGUUUGUUUGGUUUACGUCUAUGUUGUAAAAGACAAUUGAGAGCUCUUGGUACAGACAUUUUUUAGGUAUUGGUAAUGUUUGUCUUUGUUUCAAGUAAGAAAUGGUUUAAUCAAAAUCUAAUCUUCAAUUAGUAUCUUCCUUUUAGUUGGCUUAUGUCAUUGUAAUUG